AUGGGGACGAAAUCUCUCGAGUUCAAGGUGCGCAAGUUGCAGGCCAACAGCACCACCGAAAAGGACCUUGCAAAGAAACAACCAUCGCGAGUCUAUGUCAACGAGGAGGCUCUGCUCGAGCUGACCGGAUCCAAAGACGGAGGACGGGCAAUUACCAUUGAGAAGAUCGAUAAGAACUCUUCUGAAGACCAGCCCGUGCGACGGGAGGCAACCCUAUGGAAAUCGCCAGAGAGGAUAGACAAGGCCAGUGUCCAGCUGUAUGAUGCCUUUAGAGAUGCAUGCGGCUACCAGGCUGGAGUUCAGGUCAAGGUCACAGUCCAGGAAGGGAAGCUCCCCGAAGCCGAAGAGGUCGUCCUCGAAGAGCUACCUCCCGAGAAGGCUGGCAAAGAUGCAGAGACUGCCGCAUCUAUCGACCCGUCCGAUCUUCCCGGCUGGGAGUUCUUCCUUGCCGGAAGGCUUUCUAUGAUCGAGCAUGUCCACGCUGGUUUGACGUUCAAGAAUCUCUAUGCUAGGGGUCCGCAGAGGUCGUUCGUGGUGGCUUCGGUGAAUGGGCGGCCAACCGGCAACGCGCGCUAUUUGGAUGGCAAGACGAAAGUCAGGAUAGGGGCGCCUUCGCCCGCUGGCCAGGUGGACGGAGUGCCCCAGGGAAAGCUGGAGGUGACAGGUGUUCGUGGACUGGACGCUCAGAUCGAGAAACUCCACGACCUGCUGUCUCAGUUCACCGACCCCUGGGUCUUUAAGGGCAAGCCUAGGUACCGCGGUAUCGCGAUUCACGGCGGUCACGGCACGGGAAAGAGCAUGCUCCUAAACACCAUUGCGGCUACUGGAUGGGGCACAGUCUAUCGCAUCCAGCCCAAGGACAAGCUUGCCGAUAUCCAGGACAUGUUCCAGAAAGCUAGACUUGAACAGCCUAGUAUCAUCCUGAUCGACCAACUAGAAAGGUUAAUCGACAAGGAGAGGAACAACCGCACCUCUGUGAUACAGGCCCUGUGCGAGGCACUGGACACCUUGGGGGCUGACGCCCAGGAAACUGGCGAGAUCCCCAAGGUAGCUGUCGUCGUCACUUGCUUAGAUUACACAACCGACGUCCCCGAGGAUCUCAAGGAUCCUGGGAGGCUCACAGGCGAGGUGUACCUACCACUCCCUGACGUGGAUGGCCGCAAGGAGAUUCUUGCCUCUUUCAACCUGCGCGUAGCGCCCGAGGAAGAAGACGCUCUUCUUCGCAGCCUCAGCGAACGCACACAUGCCUACAACGGCAAGGAUCUCCGGCGUAUCGUCGACGAAGCCGAGUUCAUAGCAAGGACGCGGAUCAACAGGGCAAAGAAGACGACAACACCAACAUCAACCGAGGACGUGAUCAGUCUUGAUGAUCAACCUCCAGCAACAGAAGAAGUAUCAACCCUCCUUGAGUCCAUGCACCUCUCCCCCUCCAACGCCAGCACAACCACCACCCCAACCUCCUACUUCCUCGCCUCCGACUACGAAGAAGCCCUCCGCCUCGUUCGGCCCUCUGCCAUGCACGACGUGAACCUCAAGCCGCCUCCCAUCCACUGGUCUGAUAUCGGCGGGCAAGCCUCCGUCAAGGUUUCUCUCCGACGCGCCGUGCGCAUGUCCACUGAACCCGUCCACGUGUUAUCUCGCUUCUUCGCCCGUCCACCCAAGGGGUUUCUUUUGUAUGGCCCACCAGGUUGCUCCAAAACCAUGGCGGCGCAAGCGAUGGCGACCGAGUCCGGCCUCAAUUUCUUUGCCGUCAAGGGCGCCGAGCUACUCAACAUGUACGUGGGCGAGUCGGAGAGGGCGGUGCGAAGGCUGUUUCAGAGGGCGAGGGAGGUGGCGCCUAGUAUGAUUUUCUUUGAUGAGAUUGACUCUAUUGCGGGGCAGCGGGCCGGUUUUGGGCAUGGCGGAUCCUCAACAUCUGGGGGAAGUAGCAGUGGUCUGAACGUGUUGACGACCUUGCUCAAUGAGAUGGAUGGCUUCGAGGCUUUAACGGGCGUGGUGGUUCUGGCUGCUACCAACAGGCCGCAGGCGCUGGAUCCCGCUUUGCUCCGGCCCGGUCGCUUUGAUGAGCUGAUUUAUGUUAGCCCGCCAGACCAAGAAGCACGCGCGGCGAUAUUUAAGAAGGAGGCGGAGAAGAGGCAGAUGCUGAUCGGUGAGGAGGAGAUCGAAAGGUUGGCGACUAUCACGGACGGGUUCUCGGGCGCAGAGAUUAAGGGGAUCUGCGCGGUGGCGGGAACGAGGGCUUAUGAUCGCUAUCUAAAGCUGGAUUCGGUUGAGGAAGAUACAGCGGUAGGUAUAACGAUGGAGGAUCUGGAGAUGGCGGCUAAGGGGAUGAUGAGGCAGAUUACGCCCGAGAUGAUUAGAGGUUUUGAGCAGUGGGAGAAGCAGUUCAGGAGGUAUUAG